UCUCUCUCUCUCUCUCUCUCUCUCUCUCUCUCUCUCUCUCUCUCUCUCUCACACACACAUUUUGUGUCUCUCCACAGUCCCUGACAUCCCUCUUUAUUAUCAUUCUCUGUCUCCUUCGCAGGGUUUUUAGCUUCUGCACAAGAUCACUGGAAAAACUAUUUUACUGCCAACUCGUACAAGAAAGUCACCAUCCUUGCGAUUCAGUGGGCUCAAAGCUAUUGACAGGAGUUUUGACAGCGUCUCAGGAUGCCUCAUGAAGAGGGAAGACAUUAACUAGAGAGAAGCAGAUGAGCGACUCGUUAAAUAGUUUUUAGAAGACAAUCAACACUAAUACCAGAAUACUAUAAACGAGCCACGUGGGACUCUGGUGUAGCAUCCACGAUGCAGAACAGUCACAGCGGAGUAAAUCAGCUUGGUGGCGUGUUUGUCAACGGCAGACCACUGCCAGACUCAACCAGACAGAAGAUAGUCGAACUUGCCCACAGUGGUGCACGACCGUGCGAUAUCUCCAGGAUUCUGCAGACCCAUGCUGAUGCUAAAGUCCAAGCGCUGGACAAUCACAACGUGUCGAAUGGGUGCGUGAGUAAGAUCCUGGGCAGAUACUAUGAAACAGGCUCCAUCAGACCUAGGGCGAUCGGAGGAAGCAAGCCCAGAGUAGCGACUCCAGAAGUAGUCGGCAAAAUUGCUCAGUAUAAACGGGAGUGCCCUUCGAUCUUUGCCUGGGAGAUCCGAGACAGGUUGCUAUCAGACGGGGUCUGUACCAACGACAAUAUCCCCAGUGUGUCAUCGAUAAACAGAGUCCUUCGCAACCUGGCUAGCGAAAAGCAACAGAUGGGUGCAGAUGGCAUGUACGACAAGCUAAGGAUGCUAAACGGCCAGACAGGGACUUGGGGAACCCGGCCGGGCUGGUACCCGGGUACAUCAGUGCCAGGACAGCCUAACCAAGAUGGUUGUCAGCCGCAGGAUGGAGGAGGUGAAAAUACAAACUCCAUCAGCUCCAACGGAGAGGAUUCAGACGAGACCCAAAUGAGGCUUCAACUGAAGAGAAAGUUACAAAGAAACAGAACGUCAUUUACCCAAGAGCAGAUAGAGGCAUUGGAAAAAGAGUUUGAAAGAACCCACUACCCCGACGUUUUCGCCAGGGAGAGGUUAGCAGCCAAAAUAGAUCUACCUGAAGCCAGAAUACAGGUUUGGUUUUCUAAUAGAAGAGCGAAAUGGAGGAGAGAGGAGAAACUGAGAAACCAGAGAAGACAGGCCAGCAACUCGUCCAGUCACAUUCCCAUAAGCAGCAGUUUCAGCACCAGCGUCUACCAGCCCAUUCCGCAACCUACCACGCCCGUGUCCUUCACAUCAGGGUCCAUGUUGGGUAGAACUGACACAUCCCUCUCAAACACAUACGGUGCUCUGCCACCCAUGCCAAGCUUUACCAUGGCCAACAACCUGGCCAUGCAACCCCCAGUGCCCAGCCAGCCAUCUUCCUAUUCCUGCAUGCUGCCCACCAGUCCGUCAGUGAAUGGGCGGAGCUAUGACACAUACACGCCCCCUCAUAUGCAGUCACAUAUGAACAGCCAGCCAAUGGGCUCUUCUGGCACCGCCUCCACAGGUCUCAUCUCCCCUGGAGUAUCUGUCCCUGUCCAAGUUCCAGGCAGCGAACCUGACAUGUCUCAGUACUGGCCAAGACUACAGUAAGGAGAAGAGUUACUUCACAUUGUGACUUUCUGGAAAAAGUUGGUUGUCCAGCAGUAUUUUAUAAAGAGAAGAAAGACUCUGAAAGAAAACAUUUUUACUGGAAUUGUGCCCCGUGCUAUAAUUCUUGGCACAAGAAGACUUCAACAUGGAUUUCUGUAGACUGUCAGGCGUUAUAUCCUAGAUGGAACAAAACUGUCUUCGUUUUCAGUUUCCAAACUUUAGUCAUUUUUGGUGUAUUUGUAAAUGGCCAUUUGUAUGUUAUUAUGAAACAAGAACUACAUUGGAGGGACUGUUGAACAGUGGUGGUCAUGCAAUUGUGUUGAAGAAGAAGCCAUGAUCAACAGAUUCUGCCAUGAACAGUUUUAUCAACUUCUAGAGUACUUCUAUCAAUCUUUUUAUCGAUUGUGGACACCGAUGAAACAAGCUUGUAUCAUUUCAUUGCAAGGCUGGAAGAAAAGACACUAGUUAUGUGUAAGAACAUUUAUCUGUUGUUUUUUCCAGCUUUUUGGCAGAUGAAAGUUUAUGUGAAAAGAGGUGAAUGGUGACAAGGAAGUGAAAAAAACUUUUGGUAGCUAAAAGGUAGAUUGUGUCUUCGAUAUAAUCCAAUUUGUUUAUGUCGAAAUGUAAAUAUUUGUCUUCCCUAGAAAUCUCCCAGAAUGAUUUCUAUAAUAAAGUUAAUUUCAUUUAUA